AGCAACCACACCCUCAUCAGAGGGCAGGGCUCUUGGUGGAGGAUGAUGCAAUCUGCUGCUCCUUUGUCAGGUUGCAUUCUUGCUUUGGCUUGUCUGCACAACUUGCUGCUGUUACCUUCAGACGCCGCGCCCUCAUUCAUCCCCUGCCCUCCACAUCCAUCCCCAUCCUCUGCCCGCCUGUCACCUCGUCACUCGCGUUUCCUUCCAUCGUCUUUCACCUCCCGCAACCGCAGAGCCCAUCAACCAUCCCCUGUCCGGCGGCAUCGUUGUUUCCUGCGGCGAGGCCAGCUGACUGCGCUCUUCUCUGGGAUAGUGGAGGAGAUGGGGACGGUGCUGUCCGCGGAAAAGGACAAGGAGAUGACGCUUUGGGACGGCACGAGUGGACGAGGGGUGGAGCUGACCAUCGAGGCCUCCGAGGGCACUCUUGAGGACUGCUAUGUCGGGUGCAGCAUGGCCGUCAACGGGGUGUGCCUCACCGUGACGGAGCUCGACAAGGGAGAGGGCGAGGGGCGGGGCACAUUCACUGUCGGCGUGGCGCCUGAAACGCUGCGGCGGACGAAUCUGGAUGACGUCAGUGCUGGGAAUGCAGUCAACCUGGAGAGGAGUCUACCCGCCGACGGCAGAUGCAGCGGACACUUUGUGCAGGUAGGGGCCGGGGACGCUGUGCCUGUGUGCCUGUGCCUGUGUAAUUAUACUUAUGUGUGUGUGUCGGCUGUUGUUGUGGCUUGCAGGGUCACGUAGACGGCACUGGAGUGGUGCUGGAUCGGUGGUCUGAGGGAGAAUCGCUGUGGCUCAAGAUUGGACCUCCCGCUGAGGUGAUGCCCUUCAUUGUGGAGAAGGGCUUCAUCGCCGUUGAUGGCACCUCACUCACCGUCUGUGACGUCAACAGGAGUCACGACCCACAACCUUGGUUCACUCUUAUGCUCAUUGCACACACCCAGCAGUGCGUGACACUGCCUACCCGGGACGUCGGCGAUAGGUACGAAGCGCGAGGAGUCAGCGCACGGUAGUCAGUCAAUGCAUAUUCAUUUGUUUGAUUGGCGUAUGUGUGUCUGUGUUGAUCUGUCCAUUCCAUUCAGGGUGAAUAUCGAGGUCGAUGUGAUGGGCAAGUAUGUGGCGCAGGCGGCCGGGGCUUUGAUUGACCGUGUCAACGCUCUCGAGAACAAAGUGAAAGAGCUAGAAGGGCAGACGUAGGCAUCGUAGAGUUGUGCAGCUGUGUCUGUUGGAAUAUUGGCCCCACGUGCAGUCAACUGGUGUGUACAGAACCAGAUAGAUCAUCUCUUGCAUCGAUAGUCUUCUAUCGCGUUUC